GACUAAUCAUGCGGGCUGCCAUUUGUGUCUUGUCCCACCCGUCCUAUCUCUUCUCGCCAUUCAGACCAACCCCUCUCCACUGUCUCCCCACUUCAUUCGCCCUCAAUUAUUGCUGCACAAACGCCCAAACAUACUUCUACCGCACGAACAACCCGCCUCGCCUUUUACGCACAGACUCGUAUCGAACAUACUCCGCACCGAGAGCCGUCACAAUGGGGGAUUUCACAUUAACCUGCAAUGGCUGCCGCAGCGAUCUAGGCUCAAGUGCGCUCAUUACACGUUGCUGUCACAUUUUCUGUGGACGGUGCAACGCCAGCAAAGUCGUCGUCGCCGAGAGGCAAUGUGCGAUCUGCAAUGAAACGUUGCAAUCGGAGAACUUCAUUGUUCAAAGAGCGUUAAAACCAUCCGAAGAAGAGAGAGCGACGAUGCUCUAUGGAUUGUCGCCGACGACCAUCAUGGAUAUCUGUUGGCGCAGCCUCGAGUUUUGGAAUUACCAGGAGGAGCAGGAGCGACGCUAUCAGGCGACAAAUAUGGAAAGACUGCAGAAUAACUACAACCAGCUGCUCCAUGCGCACCAGAGAAGCGUUGGGUUGGCGAACAGUAAGAUGUUUGAGCUUAGGGAACGAAUAAAGACCUUGCUCAGCAAUGAACAGGAGUUGCGGCAGCAAGCAGACAAGGCAAGAGAGGAACUGAAGAGGAUUGAGCCUAAGCUACUUCAGAUGCAAGCGACGAACGAGAGAAACAGGCAUUCCCGUCACCUAUCAGUCAUGACGGCUCGGAGUACGGAUAGGUCUUCAGCUGUAGACCUUACGGGAGAAGACCGGUUGCCGCAGCUCUCGCGAGGGCAACACUGGCGGCCUUCUGUGGGCGCGGACUCGGGUGUUUCAUUGUCCGGUUAUCCUUCCCCUACUGGGACCAUGGGCGGACCGCCUUAUAAGCGUUAUAGAAUGGAAACAUCAGCAAUAGACCAAGUUGCAUUCCCGGCUCGUGAUGAUCCGGCUUAUAGGCCUACGGGGUUCUCUCCUCGGUCUAGAGCACAAAGACCUGUGGGCUUCGAGAGACGUGGGAAUGAAGGAGAAGCGAGUAUCUCUGGAAACCAGCUGCCUGGACAAAGAAACGCUGGGAAACGCCUAAACGCCAGUCCACUCUUCGCUGGCGGACCGCUAGAGAGGCCCGUAGUAGGGGAAUCUCGGUCUCGCGCGGCAUUCGGUGGGGAUUAUGUGAACGAGAGAGCCAGUGAUGCCGGGCGUGGUUAUGGUAUGGGCAAUAGGCCUCCCGGGGGAAAUGGCGGUGGUGGCUUUGAUUACAGAGUUUGAGGCAGUGGCGAGGAGGAAAGAGCAUUAUCGGGCACUUGUAUUCGUUAUUGUGGCGGUUUGUGCUUGGG